UGAUUAAUUUGAAGAUCGAACAGAAAAAUUACCAAAAUGCCCCCGGACAAUGUUACCAGUAAAGCAUACGGUUUGAAUCUCCCUCCAUCUUGCUUCAAUUAAACAGAGUUGAUUACCUGCAUUUAGGUGUCAAUGAGUGAAGAAGGAAGCAGAAGACAAUGGAGCACGCUAGAGAGAAGAUGUCUAUCUCUCCUCCGUACGAGGAAAAACACCAUGGCGACGCUCCUUCAAAUUCUCGCCUUUAUGUUCCGGCACAACCUUGAGACCAACAUCAACCUCACCAAACUCAUCACCGCCUUCUCCUCCGCUGAUCCAAUCGCCGGAAUCGACCACUCCCGCCGCGUGUUCGACGUUAGUCCCCGGAAGGAUGACAGUUUCCUUUGCAACAGCAUGAUAAAGUCGUAUCUGGAUACGGGACAUGUCGUCGAAGCAAUGAUUCUGUACCGACAUUUGAUUGGAAAUACGGGUUUUAAGCCUGACAAUUACACAUUUUCGAGCUUGGCGAAGUGUUGUGCCUUGAGGAAAGUAGCUUUCUGGGAUGGCCUGGGAGUACACAAUCAUGCGCUGAAGACCGGGUUUGUCUCGAAUCUGUAUGUGGCAACAUCGCUGGUUGAUAUGUAUGGGAAGCUUGGGGACAUGCAUCUAGCGCGGAAGGUGUUCGAUGAAAUGACUGUAAGGAAUUCUGUGGCCUGGACUGCUCUAAUUGGAGGGUAUUUGAAGUGUGGGGAUACGGGUAUUGCGGAGGAGCUUUUUGAUUUGAUUCCAGAGAAAGAUGCUGCUGCGUUUAAUCUGAUGAUUGAUGCUUGUGUGAAGCGAGGAGAUAUGAAGUCGGCUGAGAGUUUGUUUGGUGUAAUGCCAGAUAGAACUGUGGUGUCCUGGACCAGUAUGAUUGAUGGGUACUGCACUUUAGGCAAUAUCAAUCAAGCAAGGCUGCUAUUCGACAUGAUGCCGGAGAAGAACAUAUCUUCUUGGAAUGCAAUGAUUGGUGGGUAUUGCCAGAACAAACAACCACACGAGGCGUUGAGGUUGUUUCAUGAGUUGCAGACAAGGACUAAGUUGUUUCUGGAUGACGUUACAGUCGUUAGCAUACUUCCCGCCAUUGCUGAACUGGGAGCUUUAGACUUGGGCAUCCGGGUUCACCAGCUCGUGAAGGCUAAAAAGCUGGAAAGAAACCCAAACGUCUGCACUGCGCUGGUUGAUAUGUAUGCAAAGUGUGGGGAAAUAGGGAAAGCCAUGACCUAUUUCGACGAAAUACAGAUCAAAGAGGUGUCCACUUGGAAUGCCAUGAUAAAUGGAUUAGCAGUAAACGGUUGCGCUAAAGAAGCACUGGAGGUAUUCUCAGAAAUGACAAGCAGUGGAUGCAAGCCCAACGGCAUAACAAUGCUUGGUGUUCUGUCAGCCUGUAACCAUGGCGGUUUGGUUGAAGAAGGGAAGAAAUGGUUUAAAGCAAUAGAGAAAUAUGGGCUCACUCCCAAGAUCGAACAUUAUGGUUGUCUGGUAGAUCUGUUGGGAAGGGCAGGAUGCUUGGAAGAAGCUGAAAGAUUGAUGGAGAGCAUGCCAUAUGAGGCUAAUGGGAUAAUUCUGAGUUCUUUUCUGUUUGCCUGUGGAUAUGCGAAGGAUGUGAGUAGGGCAGAGAAGGUGAAAGAUAAAGCAAUGGAAAUGGAGCCAUGGAAUGAUGGGAACUAUAUUAUGCUGAGGAAUUUGUAUGCCAAAGAGAGAAGAUGGAAAGAUGUGAAAGAAAUCCAGGGAUUAAUGAGGGAAAAAGGGGCAAAGAAAGAGGUAGGUUGCAGCUUGAUUGAAGUAAAUAGUAAGGUUUGGGAAUUUGUAUCUGGUGACAAGAUACAUCCUCAUUUGAAGCAAAUUUAUUUGGUUUUAGAGCAAUUGCAGAUGCAUAUGAAGAUGAAGAAGAUGCUUGACACACCUUAUGCAGACUUGGAUGACUCUUGAUUUAUGAUCAAAUUUGUAUUCAAUUUCCUGAUUUGCCAACCUUUUAUAUUUAUAUUUGGCUCAUGAAGUGAA